GGGCAUGCCUGAGAGGUGUGCUUUUGGCUUCGACCUAUUAAUGCUUGGACAUUGUGCGGAGUUUGUCUUUGUCAAGUCCCAUAUCGAUUUAUGUCUGUCCCUGUUUCCUUGUCCUCCUACACGAUGGAUAUUUUGUGCACCCACAACAUAUACUUGCCAUAUCUAGCGGCAUCUUCCCUCGCAAAAGUGGACAUCCACUCUUGCAUAGAAGACCUCGCGUCUCAUUUCGCCUUGCUACGCGAUGCGCCUCCCACCCUGCAGAAUCUCACAAUGCUCCUGGACGAGGCCGUCUUUGGGAUCUGGGCGGCUCUUGAGUCGAGCAUUCUGGAUACGAACUCCCUCCUUGAUCUCGCAAGAACAGUCGACAGGUACAUAUCGCUUCCUUCUACCUACAGUCCCCCUUCUCAUCACCCGUCGCCUUCAACGUACGCGAAUGAAAAAGCGAGGCGCGGGUCUAAGCUUGGGAGCGUUCUCAAACUGCUGGACGCGGCCGAACGGCGAGACGCCCGCUCCAAGUACAAUAUCUUCGCAUCUCAGUUCAACGUCCUGAACUCGGUGAUCACCAGCCUAUGGACUAUUUUUGAUUCAGCGGUCUUGUUGGACUGUAUCCCAAAGCUCAGUUACGAACCGCCGCAGCGUUAAUCCGAAGACAUUAUUGAAGUUGUGGAUGUGUACUGUCGUUGAACUCACAAUACCCGAUGUUCUCCGUGGUGGAGGGCUAAAUCGUGUCGCCGAACAUGACCCAUGACUUGCGCUGCGCGAAAGCAUAUCUCGCUUUAUGCGGUGAUAAGUCACGAUAGCGCUUAUUGUCACGAUUUUUAUCAUUCUCACCGGACCUCUUUCACCUUUUUUUUUCGAGUUAUUAAUAUCUGCA